UUUAGUGUUGCGAAAAUGAACCACGUAAUUUAUAAGUAAGAGUUCAAUUUCUCUUUUAAAAAAAGAGAUCAUUUCUUCAUUAUUCCGUCUGGCGGAAGUCGCAGAGACGACGAUGAUUUUGAUGACGACUCAGAGGUUGGAAAUCAAAAGCCUAAAUACUCUCCUUGCAUCAAACAAACCCUUCAAUUUCCCAAGAACGUCUCUCUCUCCUAAAAAGUUAUACGGAGGAAGGCAAAGCUUGACGGUUGAUUGCUUCAAGCCAUGGUCCAAGCUUAUUACCAUCUCAUCAUUAAGGCUGCGAGAUAUCAGGUCUCUCUCUGGCCGUAAGCCCACCAUCGCCACUGUAGAUGGCGAUGAUGAUGAUAACUUGCGGAGACUCCUACAGUACGUUCUGUGGACCGCUGAGGCUGUUUACAUAUUGUGGCUCUUUCUGCUCCCUUAUGCUCCGGGAGAUCCUGUUUGGGCCAUCAGUUCAGAGACUGUGAAUUCUCUUGUGGGUCUUUCUCUGAAUUUCUUCUUUAUCUUGCCUUUGGCAAAUUCUGUUGGCAUCCAUUUAUUGGAGGCUCUUGUUUUUCACCCAAUGUUUGAAGGAUUAUUCAACUUUGUCAUUGGGUGGACAUUCAUGUUUGCUCCUUUGCUUUUCACUGAUCGGAAGAGGGAUAGGUACAAGUGGUCUCUAGACGUAUUAUGGGGCCUGCAGAUGUUCCUCACAAACACAUUUCUAAUACCAUACAUGGCUAUCCGGAUGAAUGAGACUGAUGCAGACCGCCUUUCAAGCAAGCAAUCUCAAUUAGGGUCCGUGAUGACAAAUGGCGCACCAGUUGUUGGGCUGCUUGGUGGGGUAGUGUGUUUGAUAUCAGCAUUAUGGGCAUUCUUUGGUCGAACAGACAGUAAUUUCGGUAGUAUAUCUGAUAGGUGGCAAUUCUUGAUUAGUUAUCUGGGAUCAGAAAGGCUGGCUUAUGCUUUCAUUUGGGAUAUUUGUCUUUACACACUAUUUCAGCCUUGGUUGAUAGGUGAUAACCUACAAAGCGUUCGGAAAAGCAAGGUAGAUUUAGUGAAUUAUCUUAGAUUUGUUCCAGUGGUUGGCUUAGUCGCAUACCUUCUCUUUUUGGAUCUUGAUGAAGAAGCAUAGGAAGUAUACAGAGUAAACCCUUGAUUUGUUUAUUGAUUAGUGAAGAAAGAGGGAAGUGCAGGGUUCAUUUCUGUAAGAGUACGUAAAUGACAAGCUUUUACUGGAAUGAUAGUGGGAAAGCCCAACUGUUCAUUGCAAUUGCAGUAGAGGAUGUAUACGGAAACUUUAAUGAAGAAUGUUAUGGUUAUUUGGUUUAUGGAAGUA